AGCAAUGGCGGACGCUUCUUCACGUGCUAAGUAUUAUUCCAAGGCUAAAAUCUAUUAAAUUCUCCUCUAGAUAAUGAAGGCCAUGUUAGGCGUGGUAAAAUUAUUUCUCUGCUUAGUAUUUCCGGCAUUUGCACUCCAGCAGGAGAUCUUAAACCAAGACUGUCCUUUGUAUGCCGGAACGACCUUUUUCGUCAACACUUCUGGAGUAAACUCUCCUAAUUGUGGGGCUUCAUCGAAGCCCUGUUACAGCAUAUCGUACGCCGUCAAUCUAGCGGUUAGAAAGAACGUUAGCUCGCUAACUGUUAAUAUAUCCACGGGAAAAUAUGAAGAGUUGGAAAGUAUUAAACUGGACUGUGGAAGAUGGAGCUUACGGAAAGUUACUUUUUGGGGAGAGCGGGUUGAUGAACAAUUGGUCGAAGUUGACUAUUCAUUAGACGUGCUGCUCUGUGAAGUGAGCUUGAUUGAUCUUCACUGGCUAAAUAGCAGGCCAGUGAUUCACCAAGCCUCUAUGUCAGAUGUGGCGAUCUGCCAGUGCACUGUAAAAGGAACAAAUAUAAGCAUCACUGGUAGCUCAUCCAACAUUAUUCUUAAGUACAGCAACAUUUCAAGCAGUUCAGGUUACCAUCCAAAGUUACCUUUACUAUCGAUGGCAACUCUUUCAGGAUUUCACAACUUCGUGCAGAUUUUAAAUUGCAACUUUGUGAAGAAUGUUGGGCCUGUCCUCACUGUAGAAAACAUUUAUCAAACAUCUAUUGUUGACUCAUAUUUGGAAGGAAACAAAGUACUGGCAGGUGGUUCCAUUAUUACGGGACAUGUUUCACAUCUUAAACUCUCUGGAACAAAAUUUAUCAGAAAUGUUGGACAUUUGCUGUUUUUAGAUGAUAAUCAUUCCUUGGCCAGUUUAGAGGAAUGUGAUUUCAGCUGUAACAUGGUCAAUAAGAGUUUGUUUUUGUCACCUGUGCUGUUGCAAAACGUUCAUCAAGUGUCCUGUGAUGACUGCACUGUGGAUGCAGACUGCCCAGUCCUCUGUGGACCAGGGGAGUUUCUGUCAAGUAACAUUCUUUGCAGUCCUUGUCCAGUAGGAACUUACAGCUUAGGAACUGCGUCAAACAAAAGCAUGCUACAAUGCACAAGCUGUCCAGCUGGAACAUACAGUUCAAAGACAAGAAGUAUGCAGUGCACACGUUGUGCAAAGGGUACCUUUGCAUCAAAGACAGGGUCGUCAUCGUGCACCAAGUGUAAGAACGAUUUUUUCACCUCAAAACCAGGUCAAUCUUCAUGUUCUUCAGCGAGAAUUGGUUUUAUCGUGUUCACAGUGUUCGUGUCUCUUCUAAUUGCCGGGCCCCUGCUGAUUCUGAUCUUGCAGAAGCGUUCACGAGAGGAGAAGUGUUCCUUGUGUAUUCCGCGCUCGCCGUCAAGGCAGAGAUUGCGCGAAGAUAAACAACCUAACAUCUAUGUUGUACAAAAUGAAUAAGACACCGAGGACAUUUAUAAGGUUUUACGUAUUACGCUCGUAAAAUCGUGAAGUAUGCUUCUUUUUUUCGCGUCACCGAGGAGAGCCAGUGCUUCUAUCCUCAAAACUGUUACCUGCUAAAGUAAUCUUUUUUUUUUGCGUAAUUAUGUCGGAGCAAAAAGACACUUCUUUGCUUUCCGCCCUAUAGGAGACUUUCCAAAUUAGGAGGCUUUAAGGAACGCGAGAUAGCGAUAGGUAAACCUCUCCCGACUCGUCUUAAACCUUCCCGCGGGACGAGAACGCCUCCUCGCAGGCUAUGAAUGUACUCGAUUUGCAAUCAGUAGGUUCUCCAUGAGUGAUAAACAAGUGGCACCUGCACUCCACCUAACCGUGACGUGAUUAUCUAUCCCAUUAGAAAUUUAAUAAGCCAAAGUUGUAAAAGAACCCUCGGCAUCGAAAAGUUUUGAAGUUUCUUGAAGUUUUAUAGCCUAUUAGCAACAGUAUCUUUACCAACAACGCAGUCACGUUUUUUUUCGAAUUUCGAGACAACAAAUGCAUUUCGUAACGGCAAAUAAGUUUUUUGACACCUCGAAUAGUCUCAACUUAGCUAGUAAGUAUGUAGUGCACAGGGGCGAUUUAAGUAUGUAAAUAAUCGUAAUUUUUUGUCAUCAGUGUUUUGGUAUUUUUUUUUGUUUUGUUUUAAGAUAUUAAGCUAAAGCACAUUUUUGUAACGAUUUUCUUUCUUCAUUUUUAUUUUGAGGAAACAGAAAUAUACCAUAACAGUUUCGAAAAUUUCA